AUGGAUUCGGAAGAACAUAACCGUACUUCGGUUCUAGCCACUGGAUCGAAUGGUACUAUCAACGGGCUCCCCAGUGGACAGCAGUUCCACCAGCUGGCAUGCAGCAAAGCUUCAUUCGCCCCACACAGUUCGCUCCUCCAACAGCACCAAGCAUUUGCGACACAAAUGCUCAACCAGCAGCAGGAAUUUAUGCGACAGCAGAAGGAGAUGUUCCUCCGUACGAUGUCAUCGUUGAGCGUGCAGGUACCAUCUAACCCUGAAGUGAUUUUUGACUCACUUCCGUAUCACGUCAAGGAGUUCCGGUACGAUCCGGAAAACAACAUAAGGUUUUCGGCUUGGUACGCGCGGUACAAGGACCUGUUCGAGCAAAACGCUUCCCGGCUCGACAGCGAUGCAAAAGUCCGUUUGCUCCUCCAGAAGAUGGGUUCCGCCGAACAUGAACGGUACGUUAAUUUCCUCCUUCCGAAACUACCGAAAGAGUACCAAUUUGACGUAACUGUUCGGAAAUUGGGUAUCUUGUUUGGUUCUGCUGAAUCGCUCAUCAGCAAGCGGUAUCGUUGCCUGCAGACAACGAAAAAGUCCACCGAAGAUUACUUUUCGUUUUUCUACCGUGUAAACAAGAACGCGGUCGAUUUUGAGCUGAAUAGAUUGAUUGAGGAGCAGUUCAAAUGCUUAUUAUUUGUUUGCGGCAUGAAAGUGGAGUGUGAUGUGGAGGUGCGUACAAGACUGUUGGCAAAAAUCGAGGAUCGGAACGACGUGACCCUGGAGCAGCUUUCUGAAGACUGCCAACGGCUGAUGUGUCUGAAGAGAGACACUGCUGUGAUCGAGGGAACAUCCGGACCACUAGCAGUACAGUUCGUGGAGCGGAACUAUAAUCGGAAACAAAUUUCCAAAAGUUCUCCGAAAAAAGUGAAUUCCCCCAAAAACAUUCCCCCAACCUCUUGUUGUAAGUGCGCUAUGCACUACACUUGUGAGUGCCCGUACAAGGAUCACAAGUGUAGUGAUUGUGGCUACAACGGACACCGUGGAGGUUAUUGUUUAUCCGAAAACAAAAGUGUAAAGCCCUAUCACAAGAAACAAAAUAAAACUUAUCGGGCAAAUACAGGGAAAAUGCAUGAAGUGCAACAAAAACGAAAAUUUGUUCAAGCUCAGCUUAACGGUGCUAAAUAA